UAACCCCGGCCCGGUCGCCUCCAUCCGCCGAACUAACCAAAAACAAGCGUGCCGACGCGCACCACCCGAGCGAGCACGCACGCACGCACGCAUCACUCUCCUCUCCGGAGCAGCGGCGGCCGUGCCUGCCACGCGCGCGCGAGCGUACGUACACAUGGGAGAAGAGGUCGCCUCCACCGCUGCGGCGCCGUCCUCGCUGAUGGCCGCGGCGGCCGUCAAGGGGGACGAGGAGCGGUACGUCAUGGUGGCGUCGCGGUUCUUCCGUGUUCUUCCGAGUGAAGCCCGGCGCCCCCACUUCCUCGACUCCUGCUUCCUCUGCAAGAGGAGCAUCUCCCGCGACCGCGACAUCUUCAUGUACAGGGGUGACGCGGCGUUCUGCGGCGAGGAGUGCAGGCAGGACCAGAUGGCCAUGGACGAGGCGCUCAACGCGGCGGCGCGCCGGCACCGCAAGCGGGCCGCGGCCGAGCAGGCCGCCGGCACCGCGCGCCGCGAGGAGGCGGGCGCGACGGCGGCGUCGAUGAUGCACCGCCGGCCGACCAUCGCCAACCUCGGCGCGGUGGCGCGCACCCCCGUGGCCGCCAGCUAGCAACCUAUGCUCGUCGGCGCGGCGCGUGCACCAUGGAUCGAUCUUCCUUAGCUAGAUCGCUAGGAGGCUAAAAAGUAAAAACGGACUGAUCAUAAGUUCAUAACGGAGGGUCGGCCGAAUGCUAGCAAGCAAGAGCGGAUAGAUGUAUAGUUAAGAAGACAUGGAUCUCAAAAUGUUUUCCUGCAUGUUAUUGCUGCGUACGCUAAAGUAAAGUGGAUCAUCAGCUCUAGCUGGAGUUCAUCAGUCUA